AUGAGAGUGGUAUUUAGUAUUGCCCUCUGGGUCUUCUUUCUAUCGGUGAAUGGGCUGGCCAAGUUCGUCGUGGAGAAGAACAGCUUGAAGGUGACAUCACCGGAUUCGCUCAAAGAUGUAUAUGAAUGCGCGAUUGGGAACUUUGGGGUGCCCAUGUACGGCGGGACGAUGGUGGGGAUGUUGACUUAUCCAAAGGCGAACAAGAAAGCUUGCAAGAGCUUCGACGACUUCGACAUUUCCUUCAAAUCUAAGCCGGGGGGGUUCCCUACCUUCCUGCUCGUGGACAGAGGAGGUCAGUUUCCUGCCCUCCCAUUGAAUGCCAAACAUCGUCAUUUAACCCCAAACGCAGUUCUACCAGAUCAAUGCGAUGCUUCUUUCACCCAUCUGAAAAAAAAAUGUGGGCGCUCAUGUUUACCAUGCGGCAUCAUGUGGAAUAUGACGUGCUCGAUAAUUUUCGUUAUUAAAAAAUACCCAAGGGCCCCGUAUGUCCAUAUCUUAUUCCUUCGGGGUGGGUUUUUCUCGUAUUCCUACAGAACAAGAAAUCUCAUCUGCUGUGGUGCUGACAACGGGUGGGGAAAAAAUCCUGAAAGAUGUUAAAUGAGAUGGGUUUUCGUAUAUAGUUCGAGAAUAAUGAAUAUAAUCUUCAGGCACCCAUUGCUUUCAUCCAGAAUCAACGUAAAUGAAGAAACGAUAACGUGCCAUGGUCUAUAGAGUCCUGAAUUCAGCCAAUGCCCUUGAUGGCGGAUCGAUUAGCUGCCUUAUUCACGAUCUAGUGGUUUUCCAAAAAAGUCAAAUGGGUGAGAUCUUGAAUGACGAUUGCGGCACUGUGAUUCCCGGUUUCCGAUAAUUUAAGACAUCUCGUGAAGAAUAGUACGCAGAUGGUCAUUGAAGAGACCAAAUUUCUCAUUCCUUGGCUGGUUUUAGCAUCUGUCCUUGUUUCUUACAGGAGGUUGUCUUCUUUCAUUAUCGCAGAGAUUGAGCUCUUCGUUCAUGAUGUUUCUAAUUAUGUCGUGAUAUUUGGCACUUCAUUCAAUUGUAGGAACGAUUUUUUUAUUUUUUAUUUGUAAUGUUACAUGUCUUUGACGCUGACCUUGAAUUCUCAGUAAGGGGUCUCGUGAGAGUCAACUCAGUUAUACAAUCAAUCCCUCAUAUGAAGGAAAAAUCGUGCCUCAAACUAUGCAUUCAAUAAAGAAAAAAAUGUAUAAUUUCUUUUGGGACAAUAAUUUCACCCGCCUUUGAUUAGUUUACAUAUUCAUGGACCACAUAAUUCGUCUUCUGCGUAAUUUUUUUCGAACUUGUAAGAAAUUGGGGAGAAUCACGAAGGCUACUGAAGGCAAAAUAUGAUAUAAUGUGUGAUCUCCUUUGAUAUGCAGACUGUUACUUCGCUUCAAAGGCAUGGAAUGCCCAGAAUGCAGGAGCAGCGGCUAUCCUCGUUGCUGAUGAUAGGAUUGAGCCCCUGAUAACGAUGGACACGCCAGAAGAAGAGAAUCUGAGCUUCAGCUAUCUACAGAACAUUACGGUUCCCUCUGUUCUUAUCAGCAAAGGCUUGGGAGAUGGCUUCAAGAGAGCCCUGUCAAAUGGGGAGAUGGUGACCGUGAGCUUAGACUGGAGGGAAUCACUUCCCCAUCCUGACGAGCGUGUGGAGUACGAGCUCUGGACCAACAGCAACGACGAGUGCGGCCCCAAGUGUGAGAGUCAGAUCGAAUUUGUGAAGAGCUUCAGAGGGGUGGCCCAGAUUCUCGAGCACAAGGGCUUCACCCAGUUCACCCCUCAUUAUAUCACGUGGUACUGCCCCGAUGCUUACAUCCUGAGCAAGCAGUGCAAGUCCCAGUGCAUCAACCGUGGGAGAUAUUGUGCCCCAGAUCCUGAGCAGGACUUCAGUCGAGGGUAUGACGGCAGAGAUGUGGUUAUCCAGAAUUUGAGGCAGGUUUGCCUGUUCAAAGUUGCCAAUGAGAGCGGAAAACCUUGGCUCUGGUGGGAUUAUGUCGCCGAUUUUUCAAUCAGAUGCCCGAUGAAGGAGAAAAAGUACACCAAAGAAUGUGCAGAUGAUGUUAUUAGAUCCCUGGGUGAGUUUUCUUAUUUAUUGGGCAAUUUUUGUGCUCUAUGCAAGAAUUUUGGUUGCCCAUGAAAUCCGUUUAGUACACCAAACGUUGCGAGUCUUGUAAUUUUCUUGAUGUGGAUUUUUACAGGUCUAGAUCUUAAAAAAAUAGAUGCAUGUGUCGGAGAUCCAGAUGCAGACAGGGAGAACCCAAUCCUCAGAGCAGAACAGGCUGCACAGGUUUCUUCCCUUUUUCAUUUUAUGUUUUUUUUUUUGAAAAAAAUCACGAUUAUCUUUUUCUUUGCCAUAAUACUUUUGAAUCUUUGAUUUCUAUUGUCUAGAUUGGUAAGGAUUCUCGAGGGGAUGUGACCAUCUUGCCUACUCUCGUGAUCAAUAAUCGACAGUACAGAGGUUCAUUAAUCGCUUAGGUUUUCUAUCUUUCUCCGUUUUCUUCACAUAAUUUGGCCCUCUAACAUCCUCUCUUGGAUUGAUCCAUUCAGGUAAGUUGGACAAGGGUGCUGUUCUUAAAGCUCUAUGUGCAGGGUUUCAGGAGGCAACUGAACCAGCCAUAUGCUUGAGCGAAGGUCGGGAAGAUUCUCUCCAUCAAUCUUUCAAGACUCUCACAUGGGCUAAAUCUUUUUUGGGUCUUUUUUUUUUUUCCUCCUCCCCAAAUUUUACAUCAAUUUCACAGAUAUUGAAACCAAUGAAUGCCUGGAAAACAAUGGUGGGUGCUGGCAGGAUAAGGCUGCAAAUAUUACUGCUUGCAAGGUUUGCACUUCCUGAUGUUUUCUUGCCUCAUUGGGUACUAUUUUCUUUAAAAUCUUUCUCCAAGAUCUUAGCUUUUUCGAGGAAUUCUCUUAGGACACCUUCCGCGGGAGGCUGUGCGUGUGCCCUGUCGUCGAAGGAGUGAAGCUCGUCGGCGAUGGGUACAAGCAUUGUGAAGGUACAUCCGGGCUGAAAGAACACCAAGAAUCCAUGUCGAAUGGUGUUUCUUUGAUCUUGUAAUCAUAGCGCUAACCGGGGAAAAACUGUUUCUAGUUUGUAAUCGAGAUAUGAAUGAUCAUAAAAGAUUAAAAAAAUGAAUAUUGUUUUUUAUUGUGUCAUUAAUAUUUUUUUUUAAAAAUGCAGCUUCUGGGCUAAGGCGCUGUGAGAUUAACAAUGGAGGUUGCUGGAGGGAGGCCCGGGAUGGCAGGAUGUACUCCGCUUGCACAGUAAGUGAUGGGUGGGUUUCCAUUAAUGUUGUUGGGAUCUUGGUCGUCUACUUUCCAUUAAUGUUGUCGGAGACCCUGCAGGAUGCUAUGACCAGCGGAUGCAAGUGCCCUCCCGGAUUUAGGGGCGAUGGGGUCAACUCCUGCAAAGGUACUUCAUUUCUCUCGUUGGUUGACAAAGUGGUGUUGAAUCCAUGGGAGAUUGAUUCGGUCAACUCCAAGCAUCCACUCUAGAAAGCCCUUUCAGAAUGCAUUCUAUUCUCCUAUAUAUUUCCUUUUUCAUAUGCUUGCUUUCUCAACUGUUCUAGAUAUCGAUGAAUGCAAAGAGAAGUUGGCGUGUCAGUGCCCAGAUUGCAAGUGCAGGAACACGUGGGGAAGCUACGACUGCUCCUGCGGUGGCGGCCGGCUGUACAUCAGAGAACAUGACGCCUGCAUCAGUGAGUUUCCCAUAUGACGACCCCUCUUUACCAUCUGCUCCAAGUGAUUAAUUCAUCGAGAUGGUUGGGAUCAUUUUUUUUAUAUAUAUAAAUUUUAGUAUUUUUCUUUUUUCUUGUGAGAUGAGAGCUUCUGAGCGUCUUCUGAUGAUCAUUAGAUGGAUCAUAACAAAAAAAAAGGGGUUUUAGGAGGGUAAUUUGAGUUAAUCAUGAUGGAAAACUGCGGAUUUUCUGAAGAUGAUUAGAUGAAUAAAUAAAUAAAUAAACCAAGGUUGGUUUCGGAUCCAGUAAUUUGAUUUAUUUGAUGAUUUAUAUUUGCCACCCUGGGUAUGAAGGCAAGAAGUCAACGGCUGAGUUCAGCUGGAGCUUCCUGUGGUUUAUAGUCCUUGGUUUGGCUUCAACUGGAGCUGGAGGUUACGCAGUCUACAAAUACAGAAUCCGGGUAAGGCCAUCGUGGUCCAUUUUUGCCAAAAAUUGAUAGCUUUUGAGUCAACUCGGGCGAUUCUUUUAUGGACACUAACCGCCGCCGUCGUCGUCAAACUCAGAGUUACAUGGACUCGGAGAUCCGCGCCAUCAUGGCCCAGUACAUGCCGUUGGACAACCAAGCGGAGAAUCCAAGCCGCGUUCGCCUCGCCGAGAUCUGA